UUCGCAUUUGAUGUUGCUGUAACAUUCCAAGCAGCAAAUGCGUCCGAUGGAUCGAUAAUGUUUUGCAAACUUGUGCCGAGACUGGUCUCAGCCACAUCCUUUUCGAAGGCAAAGCUGGUGUAAAAGGCUGUUGUCUUUGGCGACGCGAGCAAAUUUGUGAAAGUAUAAUUAAUUUUGACCGGAUCGUUCCAGGCAUUUAACCAUGUUGUUGUAGUAACCACGGAUUGACUCGUAAGCUGAUGACAACGGUAUGGAAUUGUGAAAUUGACAGGGUAGUAUAUUGUUUUUGAGACCGACAUGCCCACGGAAUUUGCCGAAGCCUUUGAACCACUUGAGGGUGUUAGAGUGCAAUGCAAAGAAUGUGAAAAAAUUGGAAUGGUUCUGGCGACCCAUUCCCUGCCAGCUUCGAGACAACUGUCACAGGCUGGCACAAUCGCCAACGAGCGAUCUGCCGCCGAGCAGGAUCUGUAUGAGCACCAGGUCACUGAGCCAGCUAUUUGCCGUGGCUGUCCACAAGGUGUACACCCAACUUCAAGUGAAACCAGUGAUGCAUAAGUUUAGAACAUCUGGAGACAACGGUCUAAUGAUGUGUUGCACAACUUGUGUUCGUACGUUGGCGCAGCAUGUCUGUAGCCGUGCCUUCUGAAAAGGUGGUUUGCUGUGCUCGCCAGCGCUGGUGUGCACAGCCGAACGGUACGCUACAUUGUGCGACGCAAUCAAUUUGGUCUCGAUUUGCAAUUGCGAUAGCGCAAGCCGAUGGUCCGACUUUCAAUGGCUAAGCGACCACUUGCAUCGUUGCGGCACAU